CGGAAUUGUGAACUAUCAUUGCUCAUUCAAGAAAAUAAGUUUUUAACAGUUAUUUCAUAGUUAGUUGCUUGAAUGCUACGAUGGACAGAAUACUUAAAGGAAUCAUGAAGUACAGGAAGUGUCAUCGGGAGGGAAUGGUGAAACAAUUUCAACGAGUCCGAGAUCAUCCCGAGCCGAAAGCAGUGUUCUUUACCUGCAUGGACUCCCGGAUGAUUCCAACUAGAUUUACGGAAACGAACGUUGGGGACAUGUUUGUCGUCCGAAAUCCCGGUAAUGUUGUUCCACACUCACAACAUUUUGGGGACGAAUUUACUAUGUGCGAAUCGGCGGCGCUGGAACUUGGUUGCGUGGUAAACGACAUAAGGCACGUUAUCGUUUGCGGUCACAGCGAUUGUAAGGCGAUGAAUUUGCUCUACGCUUUGCGGGAUGAGGAAUUUGCAUCACAAACGAAUAGAAGAAUAUCUCCGCUAAGAGCGUGGUUGUGUGCACAUGCCAGCAGCAGUUUGACCAAAUUUCAGCAUCUCGAAGUCGCCGGUUUCCACGAGCCGAUUAUUUUUCAGGCUGAGACACCACUGCGAAAAUUUGUUGCUUACAUCGAUCCGGAAGAUAAGUUCGCUAUCGAGGACAAGUUGUCGCAAAUCAAUACGUUACAACAACUUCAAAAUAUCGCAUCGUACGGAUUCUUGAAGAAACGUUUAGAGAGACACGAUUUGCACAUCCAUGCGUUGUGGUUCGAUAUUUAUACCGGGGAUAUUUAUUAUUUUAGUCGAGCCAAUAAGAGAUUUGUGGAAAUAAAUGAAAUAACGGAGCCAUUCUUGCUUAAAGAAAUUAAAAGAUAUUAUUCGUAAACGUUUCGAAAAGAAUUUAUAAUGCCAAUAUUGUGCCAUUAUUGCUAAUAUUGUAUUUCCAAAAAUCGUACAAAUUAUGAAUCGUA